AUGUCAGAGGUUGGGAAUAGAAGAUCGUCAAAGAGGCGGCGUACUGAAGCAUUUGCUGUUAAAGUUGAUAAAGAAGAGGAGCGUAAAGAAUUUGAUAUUAUACAGCGAUACCGAGCUCUUGAGCAUGAGGUUCAGCAUGAUCGGUUACAAAUGACUAGAGAUGGUGAUGUCAGAGUAAUGUCUAAAAGGCUAGAUGAAAUUGAGCAUUUAUUCGGAGAUUUACAAAGCCUAAACGUCAACAAGAACGCAGUAUUGGCGCAGGAUUCCAAAGCAAUGAAAACAAUUUCAGAACUCCUAAGUCUAUCGAUGUCUACUGUGAAAUUUGAUGAAUCUGGACGGCUCAUCAAGUUAGAAGAUAUUUUGAAUAGCGCCAAAAAGUUCAUGCUGAAGGAAUACUUAGAAGUAACAGGUAUGACGGAACCUGAAUAUGGCGGUAGCGUGGAAGAAGAGGAACUUGCGGAUGAAACACACGAGCCAGUAAAUGAUUUUGGGGAUAAACGAACGUCAGAAGUGGAUAACGAUGAUGUGUCGGCUUUCAAAACCCGACAGAAGCGCUCUAAUUACUUGAGUCAGUUUGGCAAUUAUACGGAAUUCAAUCAAUUUAACUGGUUCAAGAUGGGAACUCUAUAUCAGAAUUUAAGUCUCACUCCAUUCACGAUAGACCAUAUGCUGGGACCUUUGUAUGUCGAAAAGACUGUUCGAAAACAGAGAGAAAUUCGAGCUAGGGAUCCAGUUGCAGAAUUGUCAACAGCAGAGCGUGUUACGAAGGAGUCUUUGAAUGAAAGUCAAGAUGAAACGACUCCAUCACAUGUCAGAAAAUGCUAUAAGGUGUUGAAGGAAAAAGAAGGAGAGCAGCAAAUCAAUCUCUUUAAGUACAUAAUAGACCCUAACUCGUUUUCAAAAUCGGUGGAAAAUCUCUUCUAUACUAGUUUUUUAAUUAAAGAGGGAAGAUUAGUAUUAGAGGAUGAUCCUGAUGGAUACCCAGCUGUUAGGAUCAAAGAGCAGCUUCCAGAUGACUCCAGGGAAAGAGAAAUAGAGAAACAAAGGAGGAAUGACUCGAGGCAGAACCAUAUCAUUUUCCAGAUGGAUAUACCGACCUGGCGGAAAUUGAUCAAAAAAUUCGGCAUUACAGAACCUUUUCUAAAUAAAGACACUUGA